CUCUGCUCAUGCUAAACCCUCCGCUGUUCUCCUUCAGGACACCUCUACAAGGUCAAUGUACCAGUGAUGGUGACCCGCGGAGCUCAGCACGUUCUGAUCCGUCCUGCUCAGGCCCCUGUCACACUCCGGCCCGCCUGCCUGACCCAGCUGCUCCAGCCUACCUGCCCAACUCCACGGCCCCAGCCUGUCCCCCUGACCCGGCUCCCCCGGCACUGCAGACUCCUCCAGAGCCCUCCUCAGCCUCUGCCAGCCCCGGAGAGUUCACCCUGGAUGGCAUUGAGUUCAGCCCACAGCCCGUAGAUGCCAGCAGCCACACACCGGCCCAGCACUGCGGGUACAGCAGCUUCCUGAAGGAGAGAGACGCAGACCCUCCAGACCUGCAGAACAACACCAGUCCUGGCCAACAGGUAACCUGCUUUGAUGAUCACCUGUAAACACACAGUACAGCGGGUGAACUCCAGUCACUGAUGAUGGCAGACACCUGAGCUCACCUGCUGAAGUAAACGCUUGGGUCAGCAGAGCCUCUGUAGUGUUUAACAGUGAUGUUAUCACUGCACUGAGUGGACAUUGAGCUGACCUGAACUGCUCCAUCAUGUGAGCGUUGUUAUUCUGGAGUUUGCCCGUUCGUCUCUGAGCUGCGUCGACUGACUGCUGUAUAAAACACUGUAGGAAUAAAGCUCACGUGUUCACCGUAGAAAAAACCGCUGGAAGUUUUACCUGAAGGAUGGCGUGAUGUGUUACGGAGGGAAGGAUUAUGUGUUCUCCAAGGCUGUGGGUGAGGCCGAGUGGUGAAACGGCGAACCGAUGCGCUCAGAGCUGAAACUGCUGCAGUUUUCCUUCACACACAUGCUGAUUUACAUUCGUCUAGGAUUGUCUUUGUUUGUGAUGUCAUACUUAUAUCCUCUAAUACAGCUGUAAAUGGUAGUGCUUGAUGAAAAAUAGUGUUGAAGCAGUGUCUGUUUUUAGUUUUAGUUUGUUUUUCCCCUCGUCCUAUGAUAAAUCCAUCAGAAGUGGACCGAGUUCUUCAGUUCAUAUGAUUUCUUGUGUUUGGUUCAUUUUGAAAUUAGUGAACAGUCAUUCCAGUGCUGUAUUGGAGCUCAUCUGCUGCUUUGCUUUGACACAUGAGUUUUGUGUUGUUCCUGCAGAUUAAAAUCAGGAAACCUGCAAGUUCA